AUGAGUCUACUGCGUUCUCCGGAGGGAUCCAAGUCCACGAGCGUUAGCAGGUACGGGUCAUCCCCUGAUCUGCGUAAAUUAGAUGCAAUGCCUAGUAUCAAUAUUACCCACCGCAAGAGAAAACAGCCCGAGAAUGAAUAUCUUACUCAAUUUGAAGACUUUCGCUCAGAAAUAAUGACGUUUUUCAAAGAAUUUGCCAAAACCCAACAAGAAACCUAUUCAAAAUUACAAAAAGAAAUAACUGAAAUAAAAUAUGAACAAAAUUCGGAAUCAAUAAUAAUACAACAAAACGCAUUAAAACAAGAACUAACAGAUAUGCAGAUAAUGAAUAAUACAUAUCAACAAGAAUCACACAACUUGAAACCGAGACCUCUAGACUGA